AUGGCUAGAGAAAGCAACGUGCCAAAGGAGCCCCUCACUCCGGGGAAGCCGAAUGAGCAGCACCGGCCCUCGGUGUCUCAGCAACCCGAGUUUGGCAAACCUUCGCCGAUGGGUCAGCCUCAGCACCAGCCCACACAACCAACACAGCCCUCUCAGCCGAACAGAUCGAGCGCAUCAAAUCAUCUUUUUAACAUCCCCAAACCGAACCGCCCCCGCGCCGAACAUCACCGUGACCAGCCUCGAAGCCAGCCUCAGCACCCGAGUCAACAAUAUGCACAGCAGCGAUAUGGAGCUCCCCAAGGCCAGCGACCCGCGCCCACGGUCGCGUCUACGCCUGCAAAGCGUGGGCCUUUUGAUCCUUUCAAGGCCGUGCGAGGAUCAGCCUUCAAUGAUCAUCGAUCGGGAUAUGCCACAGGGGCAACCCCGAUUAAACGCCCUGAAAAUACGGACUGGACGACACCCCGAGCUCCAAGGGCCCUCUUUAUGUCGAAGGGAACCGUACCGAAGCCAUCGAAUGCAUCGAAGAAUCUUCAAGCCUUCAUUGAUUUGACGAAAGAUGAUACGAAGUCCUCUUCUAGCUCUCAAACUGUUCCCACAAGCUUUGGUGCCAUGGAUGUGUACGGUUAUGUCGAUUCCGAAAAAGCGACCGAAAACAUCAAAGCCCUGCUAGAGGGUGCAUUUGAAGAUGAGGAGGAACAAUCUCGUCAAAAGUCCAAGAGCAAGAAGAAGGGCAAGAACAAGAAGAAGCAAUCCAAGAAGAACGACCUAGGCGAGACUGCUAAAGCGACCAAGAAGGUCGAGACCGACGACCUCGACGACCUGGCUGCUCAACUCGAGGGCGUUACUGUGAAUGACCCGAAGCUAGUCGAGCCUGAAGCAGACUCCGAUAAGUCAGGUGUAGCCUCCGAUGAUAAAUCCGAGGCAGAUGAAGACAGUAGUAUUGCUGCCGAGCAGGAAGACGACGAUGCUGAGGUCGAUGAAGAGGAGGAUGAGGAUGACGAAGACGAGGAUGAAGACGACGAUGACGGGUCCGUGGAAGGCUUGAAAGUCACCCUCUUGCCUCACCAGAUUGAGGGGGUUAAGUGGAUGUGCGACAAAGAGACCGGUCUGCGCACCACCAAGGGAAUUUUCCCUAAGGGUGGCAUUCUUGCCGACGAUAUGGGUCUGGGCAAAACUGUGCAGGCGAUUGCCUUGAUGCUCCGAAAUCGCAAACCCGCAAACGAACACAGCGAGAAAAACGCAUCCGUGAAGAAAGUCGACGACGAUGAGGCACCCCCCGCCUCCAAGCUUUCCAAGAGCACUUUGGUUGUCGCCCCCCUUGCGCUCAUCAAGCAAUGGGAAGCGGAGAUUGACGACAAGAUUGAGAAAACACACAAGCUUCGCGUGUGCUUGUAUCAUGGAGCCAACCGCGCGAAGACCUCCAAGGAUCUCCACACCUACGAUGUCGUUAUCACCACCUAUGGCACCUUAACGUCAGAGUCCGGAACUGCCGCCGCUGACAAAGCUAAAAAGUCUGGCGUUUUCGCGAACUACUGGUAUCGCAUCAUUCUCGACGAGGCUCACACCAUUAAGAAUCGAAAUGCCAAGGCUACGCAGGCAGCUUGUGCUUUGGACGCCAAGUACCGCUGGUGCUUGACCGGAACCCCCAUGCAGAACAAUCUCGAUGAGCUGCAAAGUCUGAUUAAAUUCCUGCGAAUCAAGCCCUUCAACGAUCUCGCUACCUGGCGUGAUCAGAUCAGUCGACCUUUGGCCAAUGGCCGCGGAGGACUGGCCAUCCAGCGUCUACAGGUUUAUCUCAAGGCCUUCAUGAAGCGCCGUACCAAGGAUGUUCUGAAGCAAAAUGAUAAACCGAAGCCUGGCGAGUCAGAGGAUCCGGAGAAGAAGUCAUCAAAUGGCUUCAAGAUCGUCGCGCGUGAAGUCAUCCGGGUAGACGCUAAAUUCAUGGACGGUGAGAAGAAGUUCUAUGACCGCCUAGAAAAGCGUACUGAGAACCGGCUUGAUGAAAUGAUGGGUGGUUCCAAGGUCGACUAUGCUGGUGCCUUGACACUGUUGCUACGUCUCCGCCAAGCCUGUAACCACCCUGAUCUAGUCAAGAGUGAACUAGCUGCCGAUAAGGAUGUUCUUCUUCAGAAUAGCAACAGUCAAUCCUCGCAGUCCAAGUCAACCGAUCUCGACGACGUUGCCGAUCUCUUUGGUGCACUAAGUGUCGUGACGAAGAAGUGCGACGUAUGCCAGAGAGACCUCAAGCAGGCUGAUACCACAAAGGGGGCUACUCGCUGCAGCGAAUGCGAGACCGAGUUGAACACGGACUUCAUGAAGAAGGAUAAGAAGAAGCACAAGUCAAAGAAGGCCCACAAGGAGGAACAGUCCACUACGCCUGCUCGCUCUCGAAAGAAUCGUCGAGUCAUUAUUGAUAGUGACGAUGAUGACGACGAGGACGCCGAAGGUGGUGGAGAAUGGAUUGGCUCUGAUGGCUCUGAAUCUGACGAGGAUGAAAUCGACUCUCCCAACGGCAAGCAAAGGGGCCGGCCUAUCGUUCUCGAUAGCUCUGAUGACGAGUCCGAGACAGAGGAGGAUAUUUACGAGAACCCCGAGGGUGAAAACGGAGAAUUGCCUUCUGCUAAGAUCCGCCACCUGAUGAAGCUCCUCCAUAAGGAGUCGGGUGACUACAAGUUCAUCGUCUUCUCCAUCUUUACCUCGAUGUUGGAUAAGGUUGAGCCUUUCUUGAAGCGUGCCAACAUUGGUUUUGCCCGAUACGAUGGUCAGAUGAGGAAUGACCUGCGUGAGGCUAGUCUCAACAAGCUUCGCAAUAACAGUGGCACCCGCGUCUUGCUUUGCAGUCUGCGUGCAGGUGCUUUGGGACUGAACCUGACUGCUGCUAGUAGGGUUGUCAUUAUGGAACCUUUCUGGAAUCCGUUUGUGGAAGAACAAGCUAUCGAUCGUGUCCACCGUUUGAACCAAACAAUCGACGUGAAAAUAUACCGGAUGAUCAUCAAGGGCACCGUCGAAGAGCGCAUUGUCGAUCUCCAAGACCGCAAGCGUGAGCUUGCAAAUAUGACCAUCGAGGGUAAGUCUGCCGCCGGCAAGUUGACUAUGCGCGAUAUGAUGGCUCUGUUCGGCCGUGACGCCGAGCACAAGUUCCAAGAUAAGCAGGGUACCCUGGAUUUCAAGCAGCCCAUUCGGCUCUUGAGCUCGGUUGAUGAUACUGGGCUUGUCUCACAGUCAUCAGUGCGGUCGGAAUCCCGCGACCGCAGCCGUCCGCAGCCUUCCAAUCGGUUGAAGCCUGAGGACUCGGUGUACGGUCGGCGGUGGUGA